AUGGCCGUCACAGUAGAUUCUGGUCUGAUAAUUGGUCUCCUUAUAACAGGAGAAGUGUAUAGGAAACUUACUGAAGGGGGUCCGGUUGUGCCUUGGGCUAAGGUGGUGUGGAAUGUAGGAGGGAUCCCGAAGCACAGCUUCCUUGCAUGGCUAUUUGUCCUUAAUCGCUGUCCAACUAGGGAUCGAAUAGCGGGAUGGGGGCUCCAAACGGAUCUCAACUGCCUCCUAUGUAAUGUAGGACUGGAAUCGAGGGACCAUUUACUGUUUGAUUGUCGAUUCAGCUGGUCGGUGUGGAGUAGAAUGGCGAGAAGAUGCAAUAUCCAGCCCAGGCGUGGAUGGCUGAAUUCAGUGGAACAGAUGCAAUCGCUGCAGGGAGGGAAAUCGAGGAAGAGGCUGACGACUCUAGUGUGGCAGGCGACAAUAUACUGGCUUUGGCAUGAGAGAAAUGGGCGACUCCAUCUGCAAAUCUUCAUGUCGGAGGACUCACUUCUUGGUCAGAUUGAUAGGCAGAUCAAGAACAGGAUCGCAAGCUACAGAGACGGAAACACGAUCCUAGCAUCGAAUUUACUACAACUCUGGUUGUCGACGGAGACAACAAGAUGA